AAUGCGAUUAACAAAUGUGUUCCGUGCGCCGAGAAGCCCCAGGGUGCGACUGUGCUAGCCACUUCAUCUUCCACGCUGAUCUGAAGCUAACGGAUUAGUGAAAAGCUAGUGCCGCGCACGCAGCCUCGCGGUGCCGGCGCGGCAGGGUUAGCUAAGCUUAGUCAUUUCUCGCACCCACGCAGACGCAGGGAGGCGCACCAUGUACUGAGACGAGUCGCCGUUUACUCGUUUUGGCGCUCAAUUCCAGUGAGAGGCCGGCCGGGAGCAUGUCGACACGUGCGCCGCGCUCUCUCCUCCCGCUGCUCUUCGUCGCCGCCGCCGUUGCCUUCUUCUCACGCGCCGCUACCGCCGCCGACGUCAUCGGCCAGGCCGGGUUCAUCACCGGCAACCAGACGCUCGUCUCGUCCGGUGGCGUCUUUGAGCUCGGUUUCUUCGUCCCGAAUGGCGCCACCGACGGCAGGACGUAUCUCGGCAUUUGGUACGCCAGCAUCCCCGGCCAGACCGUCGUGUGGGUCGCCAACCGGCAGGACCCUGUCGUCAACGUCCCCGCCGUCGCCAGGCUGUCCGCCGACGGCCGCCUUGUCAUCGCCGACGCGAAGAACACCACCGUGUGGUCGUCCCCGGCUCCGGCGAGGAACGUAACCGCCGCCGGCGCCACCGCUCGGCUCCAGGACGACGGCAACCUCGUCGUGAGCUCCGGGUCUCCCGGAAGCGUGGCGUGGCAGAGCUUCGACUACCCGACGGACACCCUGCUCCCGGGGAUGAAGCUCGGGGUGGACGUCAAGAACGGCAUCACCAGGAACAUGACGUCGUGGACGAGCUCGUCCGACCCCUCGCCGGGGUCGUACACGUUCAAGCUCGUUCCCGGCGGCCUGCCGGAGUUCUUCCUCUUCCGCGGCCCGGCGAUGAUCUACGGGAGCGGGCCGUGGAACGGCGCGGAGCUCACGGGCGUGCCGGACCUCAAGUCCCAGGACUUCGCCUUCACGGUGGUCUCGAGCCCCGACGAGACGUACUACAGCUACUCCAUCCUCAACCCGUCGCUGCUCUCCCGGUUCGUGGCCGACGCGACGGCGGGGCAGGUGCAGCGCUUCGUGUGGAUCAACGGCGCGUGGAGCAGCUUCUGGUACUACCCGACCGACCCGUGCGACGGCUACGCCAAGUGCGGGGCGUUCGGCUACUGCGACACCAGCACGCCCACGCUGUGCAGCUGCCUGCCGGGGUUCCAGCCGCGGUCGCCGCAGCAGUGGGGCCUCCGGGACGCGUCGGGCGGGUGCGUCUUGACGGCCAACCUCACCUGCGACGGCGCCGGCGACGGGUUCUGGACGGUGAACAGGAUGAAGCUGCCGGCGGCGACGAACGCGACGGUGUACGCCGGCAUGACGCUGGACCAGUGCAGGCAGGUGUGCCUGGGCAACUGCAGCUGCAGGGCGUACGCCGCGGCGAACGCAAGCGGCGGGGUCAGCCGCGGGUGCGUCAUCUGGGCCGUCGAUCUGCUGGACAUGAGGCAGUACUCCGGGGUCGUGCAGGAUGUCUACAUCCGGCUCGCGCAGUCCGAGGUAGACGCCUUGAACGCCGCAGCUAACAGCGAGCAUCCGAGCAACAGCGCGGUGAUCGCCGUCGUCGUCGCGACCAUUUCCGGUGUUCUCCUGCUUGGAGCAGUUGGCGGCUGGUGGUUUUGGAGGAACAGGGUGAGGACGAGGAGGAACGAGACGGCGGCGGCGGCGGCCGGCGGUGGAGAUGACGUGCUCCCGUUCAGGGUCAGGAACCAGCAGCACCCUGCCUCGAGCGUGAAACGGGAUCAACGGCUGGAUGUGAAGAGGGAGUGUGACGAAAAAGAUCUCGACCUUCCGUUGCUUGAUCUGAAGGCGAUCGUUGCCGCCACGGACGACUUCGCCGCGAGCAACAAGAUCGGGGAAGGCGGAUUCGGACCGGUUUACAUGGGGAAGCUGGAGGAUGGGCAAGAAGUAGCUGUGAAGAGGUUAUCUAGAAGAUCAGUACAAGGGGUUGUGGAGUUCAAGAAUGAGGUCAAACUGAUAGCCAAGCUUCAGCACAGGAACCUUGUCAGGCUAUUGGGCUGCUGCAUCGAUGACGAUGAGAGGAUGCUUGUUUACGAGUACAUGCACAACCAGAGCCUAGACACUUUCAUAUUUGAUGAAGGAAAACGUAAGCUGCUAAGAUGGAGCAAACGGUUUGAGAUCAUUGUCGGGGUUGCACGGGGUCUGCUCUACCUCCACGAAGAUUCAAGGUUUAGAAUCAUCCACAGGGAUUUGAAGGCAAGCAACGUGUUGCUAGACAGAAACAUGGUGCCCAAGAUCUCAGACUUUGGGAUUGCAAGGAUGUUUGGAGGUGAUCAGACCACUGCAUACACUAGAAAGGUCAUCGGAACAUAUGGCUACAUGUCCCCGGAGUAUGCAAUGGACGGCGUGUUCUCCAUGAAAUCCGAUGUCUAUAGCUUUGGUGUCCUAGUGCUAGAGAUCGUCACUGGCAGACGGAACCGAGGAUUCUACGAAGCCGAGCUCGAUCUCAACCUCCUCAGAUACUCAUGGUUGCUGUGGAAAGAAGGCAGGAGCGUUGAUUUACUGGACCAGCUGUUGGGCGGCAGCUUCGACUACAGCGAGGUGUUGAGAUGCAUCCAGGUUGCUCUCCUGUGUGUUGAAGUGCAACCUAGAAACAGACCGUUGAUGUCUUCGGUCGUUAUGAUGCUAGCCAGUGAGAAUGCUACAUUGCCGGAACCAAAUGAGCCUGGAGUAAACAUUGGGAGGCACGCGUCAGACACGGAGUCAUCCGAAACCCUUACCGUCAAUGGUGUGACUAUAACUGCAAUAGAGUGUAGAUAGUCUGAAACAGAGAGGAUACAUGCAACCUUUGGUAGUCUGUACAGCAUAGGCUUCUUGUAUCGACACGUCUUUAUGGUAAAAACCUGUAAAGAUUGUAACGUUAAAUCGCCGCAUCCAAUUUUUUGAGAGCAACAA